AUGGCGUCCAUCAACUCCUACUCCUUGGUGCUGGUGGUGGUUGCAUUGGUCACGGCACCACAUGCCAUGGUGGCCGGCGACCCGGACAUCCUCACCGACUUUGUCGUCCCUGACAACUUCUAUGGGAUAGCACCGAUGAACAUCACCGGCGACUUCUUCACCUACACCGGCUUCCGCGCCACCAUGAACAUGACCAUGCCCAUGCCGAUGCCAGGGGCACAGAACUUCACUGUGACCAAGGCCAGCAUGACGGAGUUCCCGGCACUCAACGGGCAGAGCGUGUCCUACGCCAUGCUCAAGUUCCCCUCCGAAUCCAUCAACCCACCCCAUACCCACCCUCGUGCAGCAGAGCUACUGCUCGUCCUUCACGGUGCGCUCUCCGUUGGCUUCGUCGACACGGCUGGCAAGCUCUACACUCAGGACCUAGCCGUCGGCGACAUGUUCAUAUUCCCCAAGGGUCUGGUGCACUAUCAGUCCAACCCAGGUCAAAGCCCCGCAGUUGCACUCUCGGCCUUCGGUAGCGCCGCCGCGGGCACCGUGUCUGUUCCUGUUACCGUGUUUGGUACUGGUGUUGACGAUGCGGUGCUCGCCAAGUCCUUCAAGACUGACCUGCCCACCGUGCAAAAGCUCAAGGCGGCACUUACUCCGCCACCGAAGAAAUGAUUCGCCGGUGUAUUGCUGCCACCGUGAAUAAUAAAGCCAUUGAGCUUGUGAAUGAUGGUGGAGUGAACCUUGAGUUGUGUAAUA